AUGACUAUGGAGAAUUUCGAUGAAAAACUUGCUGGCAUGAGCAAGUCUGAACUGGAUGAUCUGUUUAAUGACGAUGAGAAAAUCCGCAAGAUGGUGAUGGAAUCUCCAACUGUAAAAAAGCUCAAAGCUGAUAAGAAUCGUCUUAGGAAAAGUAAUCAACAAAAAGCGAUUGAAAAUCUUAGUCACGAACCCGAGAUGGAAAGGGUAAAAGCUGAACUAACACUUGCCCAUCACAAGUUUAACGAAGCCCUGAAGGAGUAUAGCAAUUACAAAAGCAAAUUGGAUGAAAUUCGCGGCUCCUUUUCAAUCCAAACAAUGCUGGCUCUGAUGAAGGUAGCCAAUUCUGAGGAGGACGAAAUGUCAGAACAGCUUCAGAAGAAAUUCAUGAAAGAACAGAUUGCCUUGGACGAUUUCCUCUCUGAAAUGUUUACCCUUCGAAAGUCCUUCAACCUUAGGCGUAUCAAGAUUGAAAAGCUGAGUGAAAUGGAGAACUCGGCAGGGGGACAUCAUUCUCAACCCCGCUCAUCCUCCUCUUGUUCUCCUUAUCCCUCUGCUGGCCGAAGACACGAUCCCUAUCCCGGUCUGUAA